GUUCGUUAACGCUCCAAGUUUACAUCCCAAAUAAUAAAUUGUGUAUCCGCAACUUAUGACCCACAAAGAUCAAAUUAUUGUUUCAGUAAUUCAAAUGAAAAGUAAAACCAUUUUUUUCUUUAGAAUUCUUCUAGUCAUAAGAAAUCGUUGGUAAAUAAACAAGAAAACAGUGGGACGUCAGUCGAGCGACGCAUGUAAAUCGGAAAGAGCGUUGCGACGUCGGAAAGCCUCGCACUUGUAAUUAAGUUUGAGGUGAUUCACGUUGGUUUGAAAUUCAUAUUUUUUUGGCAGCUGUGCUCAGUUUUUGUUCCGAGAAUUUUCACUGUUGUUUUCUCUUGAAACAGACUCAUAAAAUGGACAUAGAUAGAAUUUCUUAUAUAUUCGGAAGCUUUACCAGAAGGCGUCAAAGCAACGAAGGCGGUUCUUUGAGCAAACGAAGAUCUGUGGAACCACUAAGACUUUCUCAUGAGAGAUCCAGAUCGAGUCCAUUGAAUACCAAAAGAUCCCUCCCAAGCCUGCGACCUAAAAGCGUUAUGGGAUCAUCAUUUGAAGAUGUCAGAUUUAAAUGUUCCUUGUGCAAAAAUCAAUUUGUUGAACCCAGAGUGUUGCCUUGUUUGCACACUUUUUGCCUGAAAUGUCUUGAGGAUUUGGAAAAGAACCAUUUUUCAGCUUGGUAUAAUGAUGACGAUUCAGAUGGUGUAAAAUCCAGUAGUUCUCAAUCCCGAAAAACCAGUUCGAACGGGUCAGGAGGCUCGGGCAAUUCUGGAUAUGUCAGCGACAAACAAGAAGACCGACCAACCAGAGGCAUAUGCUGUCCAUCGUGCGGUACCAGAGCCGAGGUACCCAGAGGCGGCGUCAGAUUUUUCCCGCCGAACUAUUCCGUUCAACAUCAAAUGGUUUUGGCAACACUCAAUUCGAAAUCUACACAUUUGCUUUGCGAUUUGUGUACAACCGACGUGACUGCUACUUCUCGAUGUAUGGACUGUGCUAUAACUUUCUGUCAUCAAUGCGAAGAAUUACAUGCCAGACAGAAAUCAGCAUCUAUGCAUGAAAUUUUAACUCUAGACGAUGCCAGAGAAAAAGGAAUUACUAAAAUUCGAAGGCAGAUUAUGUGCAUGUUUCAUCCAGAAAUGGAACUAGUUUUGUUUUGUUCUACUUGUUAUCAGGUGGUUUGUCGAGAAUGUGUCUCUGCUUCACACAAAAGUCAUCUUAGUGAACCUGUUAGUAGAGUAGCAAAAUCUCAUAUAAUAAGCUUGAGAAUGGCUGCUGAUAAAGCUAAAGCUCUUAUUGAAAAAUCUGCCAUGGAUACAAGUGUACUCAAUGCUACUUCCAAGAGGAUUGAAGCUGAUUGUUGCAAAAUUCAAUGUGAAGUUGAAAAGUUCAUUGAAGAUUACAUAAAAUCAAUAGAAGAGCACAAAAGCAACCUCCUAGACCAAAUCCGUCAAAUCCGUGACGAAAAAAUGCAGCAAAUCAUCCAAGAAAAGCUGCGUUUACAAAAGAAAAUUAAAAAUGCCAGGGAUAUAGCUUAUUUCCUUGACGAUUUGCUUAGCCAAGGUUCUGACGUAGAAGUGCUUAGCUUCAUCAAACCAGUUAUAAAUAAAAUUGAAGCCUGUGAUAACUUGGAGCCGAGUCCCGAAUUGAAAUAUUCUGAUAGUAUUCAGUUUUUACCUGAGGAAGCUGUAAAAGAUUCGAAACAUGUAUUUGAUAUUUACGGAGUGCUCACCACUCAAAGUGUUUCUGCUGAACAUUGUCAAAUUAAUACGAAAGAUUUACAGAAUCUGCGUGUAGGUAAAAAAGUCUCAGUCACUCUAGAAUCUAGAGACAACAAAGACAACCCUCUCGAAAGGGGUGGCGAAUUUGUAACCGCAGAAAUUCGGUACAGUGAUGCUGGUGUUUCUAGAUCGCUAAUCGUAAAUGUGAUUGAUAAAAGGGAUGGAACCUAUGGGAUAUCGUUUGUGCCUGACGUAGCUGGAAAACUGGCCUUGAUUAUCAAAGUGAAAGGAGAACAUAUCCAGGGUAGUCCAUUUCCAAUAACAGUCAGAAGUCUGAAGCCCCAUCACGGUACAUUCCACUGUUGCAGCUUCUGCUCAAGCGGGGGCAGUAAAGAGGCCUCCUGCGGGUGCGAAGGAAAAAUGCCGGGAGGUUAUAAGGGUUGCGGACAUGGCCACGAAGGUCAUCCAGGACGGAGGCAUUGGUCCUGUUGCGGCAACGUUGUGGAGCAUUCCGAGUGCGGUAAAUCGAAUUCGCAUUACCAGUUUACUUUGUAAUUUUAUUGUUGUUGGACGAAUAAAGAUUUA